GGCGCUGGGGUCUGCGUUGGUCGGGAGAGGGGGCGGUGGGGGUCGGGCGUGCCGCACAGUCACCGCGCAGCCCCUCGGUGCUUGUGUCCCCGUCCCCUGUGAGGGUUGCCGGUGCCCCCCUGCCCGGCCCUGCGCUGCCGCCGCUCCCCCGCGGGAUGCGGGCUUGGCCCGCCCCGCCAGUCCUGCCCCCCUAGCCGGCCGCAGCAUGAGCGCGGCGAGCGAUACGUACUUCCUCAUAAAAGACAUAAAACCCGGACUGAAAAACUUAAAUGUCAUCUUUAUUGUGCUGGAGAUCGGGCGAGUCACCAAGACCAAGGACGGGCACGAGGUGAGGUCCUGCAAGGUGGCGGACAAGACGGGCAGCAUCACCAUCUCCGUGUGGGACGAGAUCGGCGGCCUCAUCCAGCCGGGGGACAUCAUCCGCCUGACCAAAGGGUAUGCAUCUCUGUGGAAAGGAUGCCUGACACUUUACACAGGACGAGGAGGCGAGCUGCAUAAAAUUGGGGAGUUCUGCAUGGUGUACUCAGAAGUGCCAAACUUCAGUGAGCCUAACUUGGAACACACUGGGCAGAACAAACUGGUACAGGGUGAACAGAAUAAUAGUUCUGCAUCAAGUAAUAUGGGUUCUUGUACUUUCGGGCCACUGGGAAAUGGUUUACAAACUGGACCUGAAUCAAGUGGAUUUCCAUUUACGUAUAAUCAUGGCCACAGUUAUGCAGGUAGUGGGAGAGGCAAUGGACGAGGACCUGUAAAUCCAGCCCCAGCUAACAGUGUUCAGCCUGUUCUCCCUGCUGUCAGUAAUGGGAGGGACCCACGCAGAGCCUUUAAAAGAUGACUAUGCCAAAUGUGGUUGUACAGCUUGCUUAAACUCUAAACUCUACUUGAACACUUAUUGCACUUUUAUUUAUAGUUAACUGUGAACCAGUUUGUCCUUUGCUGUUUUUUUUACCUUUUGGUCUAUGGAGCAAUGUGAUCGAUUUCUUGUUUUGCUUAGGGAAGCACAGUGAGUCUUCCCCAUAUGUUAAGGGGGUAGGGGGAGAAGGUGGAUGUAAGAAAGUAAGGGUAACGGGUUGAAGAGUCUCAUUUAAAACUCGGUGCCCUUUGCUAAAUGGAAGAAAAUUUCAGUUACAUGUCUGUAUUUUUUGUUUCUGUUGGUCAGCCAUAUAGCCUUAACAGGUCUAUUAUGUCCUGUGCGUGCAUAUGUUGGCUUCCAUUAGGGUUAAUGGGAGUUCUUCGUAUUGGAAGGGAAAUGAGCGGGAAGAGCAAAGAUGCUUUAGUGAACUAGGUGUCCUUGGAAUGAAUAUAGCUUGCAAAAGCAAUAAGUAUAAGGAAAUGGUGGUGCCAGCAACUAGUGGUGUUUCCUGAAUCGGAGAAUGGAUAGCUUGGAUGAAAGUGGAAGACAUAGUGAGUGUCUUGUACCUUGACUUCUGAUUCCAGAAAGGUGUGCGCUGCUCAAAAAUUCUCUAUGAACACCAUUAUCACUGUCAAGGAAAGUGACAAGACACUGAUUUUUUUUGCUUUUGAUAGAAGCUUGGAUAUUUGUUCUUGCUGUGCAUGACAUAGCAGGAGAGGAGAAUCUAAAUUCAGACAAUAUUGGGGAAUACGCUGUUUGUAGCCACUCAUUUAAAAGCCCAAGGUUACUUUGCAGGAGUCUCAGUUUCCAGGAAAGAACUAAUUUCAAAUGCUGUAUUACCCAUCCCUUCAAUGAGGCUGCCUAUUUCUCCUUCCUUGAUUCACUUUUCCAAAUGAAUUAUGUAUUAGAUGAAGCUAUAUAUAUGUGUGGAUUGCAGAGGUACUGGCCAAGCGCACAGCUGCACUUCUGAUGCUGUUAAGCUGCUAAGCUUCCCUUCCUCUGUGUCACAUGAAAUAGGAAUUAUCCCUUCAAGAACACCACCACCACCAUCUCCUGGGGGAAGAUAGCUGUGGUUUGAUUUCCAAGAUCACAAAUGCCUUGACUCUAGGUAAGGGUCCAGUGCCAUAUUUCAGAUCAGGUUCAAAAACAACUCGGAAGCUGAGGUGUCAUACUGGAUUCAUCUGUUUAACUUCUCUUAUAGCUGACCUCUCAAAUAAAAAAUUGCACUAACCAUUUCAAAAACAAAUCUAACUUUCUUUCUGUCAAGCCAUAAAGACUUCAUUGACAAAAGGCUCUUUCUAAAUUGUGAGUUGUUUCUGUGGUUGUUCAUGUUAAUUGAAUUUACUACUGUGUCACUAAUGUUUACAAGUUAUUUACAUUUGAUACUUCUGCUUUUGGUACUCUAUCAUGAGGACUUGUUGAAAAUUGCUUCUAAGUGGCAGAAGUUCCUUGCUUAGUCUGAAAUAAUGAACUUCCUUUUAAAUGCAAGCAGCAGUAACAACAGACUUCUGAAGGGAGGUUUACAAAGCCCCGUGUGCCCAGACACCCGAGGGCUAUUUGCCUCCAGUCUGGGUCAAGUGCUGUCUUGGUACCUGCUUCCAGACAGAACUAGGAAAACUUGUCUUGGACAGAAGAGAGUGGCACACCUUGCGAGAUCACCCAUGGGUGCUGUUAUGGAAGAACAGUGCUAAUGGGUGAACCAGAAAGCGUGCUGCGACUUCUGGGGAAAUGGUGUAAGGUGGCGAUGUGUAGCUCAGGGACUUUAAAUUGCUUACCUAUUUAAAUAAGUCAUGUAUAGUCUAGAUGCAUGGACAACCUCUUAAUGCUGUGCUGCAUUAAGACACUUGAUAUACUUGUGAGAAGGAAGCCAAGAGGACUUCCAAACCUGUCAAGUGUGUAUAUGGCGUGUUCCAGAGGUAAAUGAGAUGUAAGUAUGGUGUGAGACGUGCUUUCCGGUAGUAGCUGUAAAGGUAGCAAGUGAAGUGAUGGUGUGGGGGGGACUUAAUGUUCAUUGGGGUGUCUCCACCACGGAUCUCAAAUCCUGGUGGUCUUGUCUACAGCAUAAAGAAGGUUGAAAUAGGGGGAGAAUCCUGUGUUGGUGUGUGCUGAGGUGCCUGAUGUUUGUAGCUCUAUGCAUUUGAGCUUUUUUGAAGCUAAUAAACUGAAUGCUUGUUCACAAAUUCCAAAUAA